UCUUCCUUCCCAUUCCUUCUAUACUCAAAACAACCACCUUGGCUCAUUUGCUCUCCUCCUCAAUCCUCGCCAAUCACUACCUUCAACAAUGGAAGUAAAAGAACACGACCCUUUUCUCUCUUCUCCUCCUCUCUCCUCCUCCAGAUGGUGGUCUAAGGAAACUGUUGCAAUAGUCACCGGAGCAAACAAGGGGAUUGGGUUCUCGCUGGUGAAACGACUUGCAGACUCUGGACUCACUGUGAUCUUAACAGCUAGAGAUGUAGAGAGAGGGUACAAAGCUAUUGAGCAGCUUAGAAAUGAGCAUGGUGAUGGUGAUGAUCUCCAUCUACACUUCUAUCGCCUUGACGUUUCGGAUCCUGCUUCCAUUAAAGCCUUCGUUUCGCAGUUUGAGAAGGAUUUUGGAGUCUUGGAUAUUCUUGUGAACAAUGCUGCGGUAUCUUUUAAUGAGAUACAUGAGAACUCUGUGGAGCAUGCAGAGAUUGUUAUCAAAACCAAUUUCUAUGGACCCAAGUUGCUGAUAGAGGCACUCUUGCCCAUGUUUCGUCAAUCAACUUCUGCCUGCAGCCGUAUCCUUAAUAUUACCUCAAGACUUGGCUCUAUCAAUAAGAUGAGAAACUCUAAAAUGAAAGAGAUGGUGCUAAGCGAAAACUUAUCAGAAGAGCAGAUUGAAUGGAUGGUAAAUUUGUUUAUUGAAAAUGUGAAGAAAGGAACAUGGAAGAGCCAAGGAUGGCCAGAGAUAUGGACAGAUUAUGCAGUAUCAAAGCUAGCUCUGAAUGCAUAUUCUAGGGUUUUGGCUACAAGGUACAAGGAUUGUGGAUUACGUGUAAACUGUUUCUGCCCUGGUUUCACUCAGACGUCUAUGACCAGAGGUAAAGGCACUCACACCGCCACUGACGCCGCUGAAGUUGGUGCUAGGCUGGCCUUGCUACCGCCGCACCAGCUACCUACUGGCAAGUUUUAUAUAGGGUUUAGCCCUGGCAUUGUUUCUAAAUUAUAAGAAUAUAAAUUAUCAUUCAUUUUCUAGUCAGAUAAUGGGAAUAUAAUAUAAUAUAUUUAUUGCC